UAAUACUUUCAAACUCGAGAGCAAUCUCUGAAAAAUUAAAAUAGUCUCCUUCUUCACUCUCUCUCUCUCUCUCUCUCUCUCUACUUGGAGCUCAGAGCAGUCGCAGUCUUGCAGCUCUCCCCUUCGCUGCAAUUCUCUCCUCCGGCGGGCACCAAUGUUGUUCUUCUCGUACUUCAAGGAUUUGGUGGGCAGAGAAGUGACGGUGGAGCUGAAGAAUGACUUGGCCAUCAGAGGGACGCUCCACUCCGUCGACCAGUACCUCAACAUCAAGCUGGAGAAUACCAGGGUUGUCGACCAAGACAAGUAUCCUCACAUGCUUUCGGUGAGGAACUGUUUCAUCCGAGGGUCCGUGGUUAGGUACGUACAGUUACCUCCCGAUGGAGUGGACAUUGAAUUGCUCCACGAUGCCACAAGAAGAGAAGCUAGAGGUGGUUGAAUUUUGAUAUAGUCUGACAGAAUCAGUCCUCCCUGUAUGAACCAUGGAUCCUAUCUACAUUUUGUGAUGCUUCCUACUAGAAAGCCUAAUGCAAAUCCCUGAUUUUCUGGAAAUUUCUAAACUCUUCCCAAAAAGGAAAAAAAAAGGAUUUUAUUUUUAGGGAACAACUAUUGAUUAAGAUGUUAGUUUCUUCUAGUUUAUUGCAAUUUCUUGGCAAUCA